AUGGAGGUGCUGGCACAUUUUGGCCUGAAGCCCGGGAGCUUUCCUGCUGUUGGCCCUGGAGGGACAUACGCCUGUCUCUGGAGGGCUGCCCGGGCCCCCGCCAGCCCCAGUGUCCCCAGAGAGCAGUGUAAUGUGAUCAGUGUCUCUGGGGAAGAGACGGGCAUUGUCAUUCUAGAACUCACUGUGCAUUGCUCUCAGCAGCAGGGUGCCGGGUCCCCUGGGGAGAACUCCCUGAUGGGCAAUCACGCUGGGGACACUUGGGGACACCUGGCCCAGCCAGGUGGAGUGGGAGAGUCGGCCUUAGCGCUCUCCUCCCUCAGAGGGAAAUCCUGCUGGACCAUCACAUUCGAGCAGUUCAAGGAGGCGUUUGAAGAGCUCUCCAAGAAGAGAUUCAAAGACAAGAGCAGCGAGGGGGCCGUCCGUGAGGUGCACAGGCUCAUUGAGGGCAAGGUCCCCAUCAUCUCAGGGGUGAUGAAGGCCAUCUCGUCGCCCACUGUGUCCCAGCUCACGGACACGACCAAGUUCACGGGCUCCCACAAGGAACGCUUCGACCCAUCAGGCAAGGGCAAAAGCAAGGUGGGCCGUGUGGACCUGGUGGAUGAGUCAGGCUACGUACCGGGCUAUAAGCACGCGGGCACCUAUGACCAGAAGGUACAGGGUGGCAAGUAGCCAGCCCAGGAGCAGCCCUUCCCGCUGGGGCCCGUGCCACCUCACACUUCAUUACAUUCCCUUCCUCCCUGGGGAAGAACUCAAGGCUGGGGCCCCGGGGGACCGUGGGGGUGGCAGUCAGGCCUCCCCCUGCUUGGGGCCUGGCAUGCUUCUCUCUGACCCCCAAGUGAGGCCCCGAAAUCACUGACCAUUUCUAACACACCUGCCGCGUCCAGUGCUGGCUGACAACAAAUGGCCUUUUUCAGAGCGUCUCCUGGGACCAGACCACACUAACUACCUGGCUUACAGGCGAAAAGUCCAUUUUAAAGGGGCCGGUGGGCCACAAGGGGUGAGUGGGACAGACCCUGUCAGAAGCUGGCCCCCUGCUGACCUGCAAACCCCUCCCUGGAACCUUGAGGGCAGCACAAGCUAACGCACUAACCAGCAGCACCAAGAAGACAGAAGUGAGCUGCUAACAGGACAUCAUGAAGGUGUGGGGAGGUGGGACAGGUGCUUGCAUGUGCACACACACUCACACAUACCUACAUGUGAUGUGUGUGCUUGCACACACGCACAUGCUCACACACACACACGCACACACGUUGUGGAGCUGGAGGAAGGUUAGCCAGUGGAAGGGGCUCCUCAGUGGACCAGAGGAACACGGUCUGAAGUUGUCAAAAUGGAAACCAAGGACAAGACCGUUCACUUUAUUGUGUUUUUCUAAGAAUAAACUGGAAAUGUAUUUGUUCCCAGAA